GUCAACCAGUGUUUAAACUUUGCGGGCGGCUGCGUCGCAAGGCUCAUCUGCGUUUCAUGAGGAACCACACGGAGGUGCGGCGUUUCCAAUGCCGUGGUUCGGGUUUGGUUUCAACGCAUUUGGGCAGAUAUGUGUCCACGAGAAAUUAAUUAAAGGCGAGUGUAGCGACGCUGUCCAGGAAGUCAAAGUGAUUAGCCCCACAGAGCUAGCAAGACGGGACUGCUGCUUGAAGAGUGACGGGCAAAUUAGAGCAAGUUGGAGUCGAAGAGCGUCUUUGCAUUUGGAUGGUGACGGCUGUGUGUGCCUGGCUGGCUUCGGCGCAGCCACUGAGCCCUGUGCCGUUUCUAUGAGAGAGAGCCGUGGCUGUAAAGAUGCCUUCAUCAGUGAAUCCUACUUGACCCUCGCCUUCCCAGACAGGAUUGAGUCCUGGGAUCUGCAGAAGGAAGAGAAGGCUCCAUCAUGGAGCAUGGAAAUAAAAACAGAGAGCUCAGGACUCUCCAUGACUCUCCCUCUGGUCCCCGGGGGUCACAUAACCUCGAAAGCACCCUUCUACCGUUCCUUAUCACCACAACUGAAAGCCAAGAGUCUGGCACUGGGUGCAGAGCAUGCCAUCCUUCUCAGUGCCUCUGGAGCUGUGUACACCUGGGGACUGGGCAGCCAUGGUCAGUUGGGGCACGGAGGACUCACCUCUGAGGAGGAGCCCAGGGCAGUGGAGGCACUCUGGGGGAUGCCCAUGAGCUGUAUUGCUACAGGAGGCUGGCACUCUGCCUGCAUUAGUGACGGGAGUGACCUUUAUGUGUGGGGCUGGAAUGAAAGUGGCCAGCUUGGGCUUCCAUCACGAGGUCUGAGGAAAGAGCAGCAGCAGGAACGUCGCCAACAAGCUGGAGCAUCAUGCCAAGAUGUCGACACAUUUCAUGCUGAGGAGCCACAAGCGGGAGAGAAACAUGCAGAGGUAUUCAUAUCGAUCCAGGCAUUUCCGGCUCUGCUGGAUAUCACUCCAUCAUGUGAAAUCAGGACUGUCAGCUGCGGCUCCCGCCACACAGCUGCAGUAACAACCACAGGUGACCUCUACACUUGGGGCUGGGGUGACUAUGGCCAACUUGGACACAAGACUUUAAUCAGCUCAGAUGAGCCCCAGCGUGUGGAGUUCUUCAGGGAGCAGCAGAUGUGUGUGGUUGAUGUAGCGUGCGGGGCGUGGAACACUUUUGCUGCUGUCAAGGAGGAAGUAGCUUCAAAAACACUAUAGAAUCCCCUUGAAAACUGUGGACUCUGAACUUUGGACACCAUACGAGGAAGUGUAAAUUAUCACAACAAAUACAAGACUUUGAAUUAAAGGGCCACUGGCAUGAAGGGGACAUAAUAUUCUUCACUAUGUUUUCAUUGGUGCAUGAUCAAAUGAAAAUAGAAUAGUUAUGCACCACCAUGUUAUUCUGGUAGCCCAUAACAGACCAACCAGUCACAGGCUCUAGAGAGUGUCUUUUCCAUCUUUAGCAGCCACCGUAGGUUUUCCAACACGCCUGAAAGAGGAAGGGCGAGGUGAAGGGUCUUAAGUUGUUUGCAGUCAGCAACCUCACCGCUAGACGCCACUAAAUCCUAC